AGUGUGUGUUUGUGUGUCUAUGUGAGUGUGUUUGUGUGUGUGCUUGUGUGUGUUUGUAUGUUUGUGUGUGUGUGUCUGUGUGCGUUUGUGUGUGUGUAUGUGCUUCUCAUGAUCUGUAAGAAGCAAUUCCUGCCCACAAGGAGCUUACAUUCCAUUGGGGAAGACAACAGGUUCUGUUCUAUUCAGAGUGAACAUGUGGGGCUUUGGAGGGGAGAGGGGAGAGGUCAGGGACCAGGCAAGAAUUCUGUUGCGAUGGAGGGAAGUGCUUGGGUACAUCCUGAAUGAAACCGGGGAGUUCGAGAAGCAAAACUGCGGAGGGAGGGAGUUCCAGGCCCGGGGAGCGGCCAUGCAAAGAGGAGGAGGAUUUUGGAACCCGGGCUCUUAGAUUGCAGAGUUACAAAAGGCAUCCCCAUCCAGGGACUACCAGCCUCUGGUCAAAGAUAGCACUUGACUGAGCAGGGAGCUCCCGGCUGUGCAGCAUCUGGUGCAGAAGUUAGCCGUGGGCACCGGCAUCAUGUGAUACAUUCUGUGAUACAGCACGUCCCGUGGGACUCUCCCCUGGUCCUCUCUUGUCCAGGGAUCCACGGGGGAGGGGAAGGGGAGGGCCUUGGGAGCCCUCCUGUCGAGUCCCAGCAAGAUUCAGCUUCCGUUAACCGUGGCAGAACGUGGCUCCUGGAAAUGGUCAUCCGUGACAGUGAUACAUAGGCUCUGUAUAAAACAACCCUCACCACAACCACGGUUUGGCUCAUGAUCGUGGGAUGGAUCGGACCCGGCCGAGAUUCCUGGGCCUCUCAGGGCCGGCGAGGAGGCGGCCCAGGAGCUGUGACCGCCAGGAAAGCUGAGUUAUCCAUUACUUAAUACAACCCUAGCUGCUUGGCUCCCUCCCCUUUGGCUCCAGGAUUUCGGUAAUGUUUCACUGAAAUGUUAACCAUUAUCAAGGCCUCCCAGGGGUGUGAAGAGCAAAUGAGAAAUUCACACCGUCCAGAGACAAGUGUGAGGAAGGAAGCUGAGAAUCAGCUCAAAGAAAACCCUCUCUCUCUGGCUCUCUGUGUGUCUCCCCUUCUCUGUUAUCUCUGUGCUGUCUCUGUCUCCCCAUCUCUGUUAUCUCAGUGCUGUCUCUGUCUCCCGUCUCUGUCAUCUUGGUGCUGUCUCUGUCAUCCACUUGCCUCUGUUCUUUCCGUAUCUCCCUAUUUCUGUUAUCUCUGUUCUCUCCCUACCUCUGCUAUUAUCUUUCUGAUCUCUGUUAUCUCCCUAUUUCUGUUAUCUCUCUGAUCUCUCAUCUCCCUGUUUCUAUUUCUCUUAAUCUCCUAUUAUCUCUCCUAUUUCUGUUUUCUCCCUAUUUGUUAUCUCCCUAUCUCUGUUAUAGAGAUUAUUUUUCUGAUUUCUGUUAUCUCUGUGAUCUCUCUUGUUAUCUCCCUGUCUCUGUUGUCUGUGUCUCCCUGUUAUCUCUGUGUUGUCUCUGUGAUCUCCCUGCCUCUGUAAUCUCUGUAUCCCCCUACUUGUUAUGUUUAUCUUCUUAUCUCUAUUGUCUUUCUGAUAUCUCUAUUAUCUCCCUAUUUCUGUUAUCCCUCUAAUCUGUUAUCUCUUUAAUCUCUCAUUUGUCUCUGUGUAUCUCCCUACCUCUGUUCUCUCUCUGAUCUCUUCAUUAUCUCUUUGUUAUCUCCCUAUUUCUGGCAUCUCUCUAAUCCCUCUGUUAUCUCCUUGUCUCUGUUAGCUGUAUCUCCCCAUUUCUGUUAUCUCUUUAUCUCUUAUCUCUGUUAUCUCCCCAUUUCUGUUAUCUCUUUAAUCUCUCAUUUGUCUCUGUGUAUCUCCCUACCUCUGUUAUCUCUCUGAUCUCUUCAUUAUCUCUUUGUUAUCUCCCUAUUUCUGGCAUCUCUCUAAUCCCCCUGUUAUCUCCUUAUCUGUUACCUGUAUCUCCCCAUUUCUGUUAUCUCUUUGUCCCCCUGUUAUCUUGUUACCUCCCUGUCUUUGUUAUGUCAGUAUGUUAUCUCUUAUCUUUCUGUUAUCUCUCUAUCUCUGUGGAAUCUCUGUUAUCUCUUUGUAAUCUGUUACCUCCCUCUCUGCUAUCUCUCUAUCUCUGUCUCUCCCGGCCCCCCACUUCGCCCCCGCGCUCCACAGAGCAUUUAGAGCAGAACCGAACCUUAGAGACGCGCUCCUGUCCCCCUCAGAUGACCGGACCAGGUGCUCCUGGCCGGCUGAGGAUGGAGGGGCCGCUCUGUCUCGUGUCUCCCCCAGCCUUCAUCUCGGCCAGCCUCAGCUCGCUGCCCGCCUCCGAGGCUUACCCGCUGUGCGGCCCCGAGUGGGGGCCCCCCGCGGGGUGCGGCCCGGAGGCGGCCCCGGCCCGGCGGGGCUGGAAGAACCCCCACGUGUCCAACGUGACGGUCCAGCUGGAGAUGAAGAGCCUGUGGGAGGAGUUCAACCGGCUGGGCACCGAGAUGAUCGUCACCAAGGCGGGAAGGAGGAUGUUCCCCACGUUUCAGGUGAAGAUCCUGGGCAUGGACUCCCUGGCCGACUACGCCCUGCUCAUGGACUUCAUCCCCCUGGACGACAAGCGGUACAGGUACGCCUUCCACAGCUCCACGUGGCUGGCGGCCGGCAAGGCGGACCCGGCCACGCCGGGCAGGCUGCACUUCCACCCCGACUCCCCGGCCAAGGGCGCCCAGUGGAUGCGCCAGAUCGUCUCCUUCGACAAGCUGAAGCUCACCAACAAUCUGCUGGACGAUAACGGCCACAUCAUUCUUAACUCCAUGCAUCGCUACCAGCCGCGAUUCCACGUGGUGUUUGUGGACCCCCGCAAGGACAGCGAGCGCUACGCCCAGGAAAACUUCAAAUCUUUCAUCUUCUCGGAGACUCAGUUCACAGCUGUAACAGCCUACCAGAACCACAGGAUCACUCAGCUGAAGAUCGCCAGCAACCCCUUUGCCAAAGGCUUCCGAGAGUGUGACCCGGAUCCCUGGCCUAGGGCUCCGAGGCCCGUGCUCAGCCCCAUACCCCAAAGCAGCCGGGCACUGAAGGACCACCACCGGGAAGAGCUAGAGCUGGACAAGCGCGGCCAGAGCUUCUGCCCCAAACUCUGUGCUCCUGCCUCCGAGACGGGCCCCCAGCCCCACCGCCACCCGGCGGGCCCCGUGCUGUCCAGAGGGCUCUCCGGGGCCCCCAGCGCCGCCCAUCUGGCCCCAGAGGCCCUCCUGGCUCCCCCCGGCUGCCCGUCCGUCUCCUACCACGGCUUAUACGUGGGGGCCUCGGUCAGGACCCGCCCGGCUCCCUACCCUCUCCCCGAGACCAAGGUGCCGGGGAGCCAGGAAGCCCUCCCGCUCCGGCCUCCUCAAGGAGCCCUGGGCCUCCUGGCAAGCGACCGGGGCCUAGAGUAAGCAGCCAGGGCCGGGCCUGGGGCUGGAUGCGAGAGUGGGAGCUGACGGCGCCCGCAGGUGACUUCCUGUAGGAUCCCAGACCCCAGCUCGGCAGCACCCCUCCCCCCCCACUCAGCUUCCUCCUACCUACUCUGAACCCUGUCUUUGCAACUUCCUAUCUUAUUGUACUGGGCAAGUAAAUCUCCCUCUCUCUCCCCCUUGGACCCACUUUACAGAUGAGAAAAGUAAAGCCUGAUUUCCCCAGGGAGAAGGAAAUGGCUUAAAAAGACUCACAUCCCUCUCCAAUGUCUAGUGUCCUAGCCACACCCAUUACCCACCUUCCACAAAGACGGGGGCGGGGACAGGGAUGGGAGUCAAGGGGGCCUUAAAAAAUCCAGGUCACCUGACUUCCAAUCUGUCCUCUGACUGCUUGGGCACCUGGGGGAGUCACGUGAGGGUUGGGGAAGUAGCUCCUCCUCUCUCAGGUCUCCUGGAAUUUAUGCUGAAGUGAAUGAACCACAUCUGAGCCAUCCAGGGACCUGCUCCUCUGUCCCUCCCCCCACAGUCUGAGCCCAACCCCCACCCCUUUUCCCCAUCCCCCCCCCACAGCCAGAUUAAAGGGAAAACAUCAAGGACCCAGCCCUGGUCCCUGCCUAGAGGGAGAUUGUUAGCCCAACUCAGAUCCACUGAGUCACAGGUCAUGUUCAGACUCUAUGCUUAACCUCCCAGACCUCCCGGAGGAAUACCCCACAGGGAUUGCCUUUGGGCUAAUGGGGAUAAUUACAGCCCCCCCUUUUGCCCCCCCCACAAUUCCCAAGGCUGCGGGUCAGCGCCCCACUGGGAGACCUCUGAAGUUGGUCUUUGUGGGGCCCCUCCCUCCUCCCCCCUGCUGAGUUCUGCUGGUUUGGGGAGGACCCAGGUCGGAGGGGACACAGGGCCUGGGGUGCAGGGGCGGGGAGGGGAGGGGGGAAUGAGCCUCUGUUCCCUUCCUUGGCCAUUAAAUCACCGGCCUGAACGUG